CGAGUAGAUAAAAAUGGUGAUGGUGUGAUAACGCCAACUGAAGCAAUUCAAUCGAGAGAUUAUGGGAUUAAUGGAAAAAUCGUGCAUGAAAUCUUUCAGCUAAUUGAUUUAAAUAAUGACGGCAAAAUUACUUUUGCUGAAUUUACAUCUGUUAUGGAUGGCAAUUCGAAUGUUCAACCAAAAGCGCAGAUGAAGGGAAAUCAAAAUCUAGCCCAUCAAUUGAUGACACUUAUUGACCAAAAUUUUGAUCAAAAAUUAUCUGUUCAGGAGGUGCGCACUUUUGCUGAUGCAAAUAUUAAAAAAAGCGAAACUGAAUUAAUAAAAGCAUUUGGAUACAUCGAUUCCGAUCACAACGGUUUUUUAACAAUCAAUGAAAUAAUUGCAGAAUCAGAAAAAAUGGUUGCACUGGUACAUUUUCAGGAGCCACCAUCAGUUAUUGGUAAUUAG